GUGUGUUUUUGUUGCAUUAUUGUAUGCGAGGGUAUAAUUUAAAAAAUAUAUACUUAUAAUCGAAUAACUUUCUGAGAGAUAUUGGUUGUGUCAGAUUUUGCCAUUAUGUUACCAACUUUUCUGUGAUAUGGAAGUUAUUCGUGCUGGCAACGGUGUAUGGCCCUUUUUUUUGUAGACAAGGCUUUGUCGAAGGUGCUCAAAGUUUUUGAAACUGGAACUUGUGAAAGGUACAGCUACACCACACUACUUUGUAGGCCUAACACUAUCAACAGUAACUAACAGAGUGCAUAAAAAACUGACGCUUGCGUCUUUUUGCCGAACGAUUGUGAAGUUUUGUGAAUAAUAACCUCUUAUUUACUUAAAGAAUUGAGAACGAAUUAGUAUUUGUUUUUUGCCGAAGUUAACUUUCUAGAUAAAUUUGUACACUUUACUAGGUUUGAUGUUUUUAAAUCCUUUUUUGAAGCUUUUCUUAAUUAGCGUAUGAGAAUGUUUUUUAAGUUACUUUACUUCUAGUAAAGUACAGUGGUAUGCCCCAGUGUAAAGUGUUUGUAUAAUUAAUAAUUAACCAUUGCUUAAUCAAUUUGGUAAUUGGUAGACCAACGAAAGGUAACGUUAUUAUUGCGGCUGAGUCAUACUGUUUAUUGUUCAAUUAAGACUGUAAUUCUAUUCAACAGCUGGGAAAAUACGUUGAAAACGUUUAAAUACAAAAGACUUAAGAGGUAUUUUAUGCCAGGUCACAAAAGUUCACUGUAAAUCCAGGUUGGUGUGACAGUACAUUAGUUCAGAUUUAUAAAUGUACACUUUAUAAAAACAAAAUUAUAUGUAAAAUUGCUGUAACAGAUUAGGGGAAAAGGUGAAUCAUGCUCUAUAUAAAUUCUAUGUGAAUUUACAUUCCUUGCUGGGUGUUUUAUGUUGUGCAAGAAUAGAACAUUUGUUCAAAACUUAUUAGAAGUUGUAUUGUGUCAUUUUAUAUAUAUCCAUUGCAAGUAACAUAGCAUUCGACAGGUGAAACUUUUAAAAUGUCGGCAAGCAGUUCUAGUAGCAGUCAUAGCAAUGCUUCAUCAAGUGGUGUACCGUUGUCUUCCACAGUAGUUGAAGCACAAGAUAAGAACAGUAGUGAUAGUACUGAUAAAUUGUAUCCUUGUCACUUAUGUAAGAAGUCCUUUGUUGAGAAAGAGGUUCAUGUUCACAUGCCCUGUUAUUACAUCGACAUUUUGAGCUGUAAUGUUUGCAAUGAGAAGUUUAGCCACAAGACGGCCCUUCUCAACCACUGCCAAGCUCUGCAUGGAAUAAUAAACCCCACCGUGUGUGAUUUAUGUGGAAAGUGUUUCGCAACUACGGAGGACUUCCGUAACCACCAGGCUGUUCACAGUGGUGACAAGCCUUACCACUGUGAAAUUUGUUUUCAGUCAUUUCCGGAAAAGAUCCUUCUAAUGCAUCAUUUGCACACCCAUUACAGAGAAAAGCCCUUUCGAUGUGAGUACUGUGGCAAGGGUUUUACACUGAAAGGAAAUUUGAAGACUCACGUACAAGGUCACGAAGGUAUAAAACCAUUUAUAUGCGAUAUUUGUGGGAAGGCAUUUGCCCAAAAAAUGGGUUUAGAGUAUCAUAAAAAUUCUCAUUCGGGAAAGAAACCAUAUCCUUGUGAAAUCUGUGGUAAGUGUUUUAGUCAGCAUGGUAACAUGAAAACUCACAUGUUGAUCCACACCGGAGAACGUAGAUUUCCUUGUCCCGAGUGUGGCCGACUGUUCACGCAGAAGGGCAACAUGAAAACCCAUGUAAAGCUCCACUUGAAGCAGCCAGUAAUGCAGAAACCGUAUCAGUGUCCCAUCUGUAAAAGAUCCUACGUAACCCAAGCAAGCUUGCAGUGUCACAUAGUGCGUCAUCAAGAAAUCUCUCUUUUUCAGUAUAGAAAUACACAACCAACUACUACUACUACAUCACAGUAAGAAAUGUUUAGAAAACGUCAGUUGUUGAAGAGUUCUUUCAAGUCCUUCUGAACUUGUAUAUUUUAAACUUUUUUUUUUCGUUGUUGUUGUUGCGUAGGAAAGGCUUCAUAUAUAUUUGUUUAAAACAAGAAUGGCUGUGUAGUUUUUUCAUCUUGUUUAUGUUACUAAUCUUCUGCCUUGUGUGUGUUGCAGUUGGAAAAUAUCACACUGUUAUUAUUAAUUCACCAAAGACGUGGUCUGUCCAGAUCAAAUUUGGGUACAAUAACCAACAGCUUUCAUUGCCAAGCAAGAUAUUGAUAAAUAUUUUUAAUGGAAUUUUUGAGAUUUAUAAUAAACAUUUGUAGAUAUGCACUGAAUACAUACUUCAAGAUAAUUUUCAUUUUGUGUAAUGGGUUAAGUCAUCCAAGAUGUGCUUCACCAUAGGGUUCAUCUCAAAAGUGCAUUAAAUCAAGCUAUAUUGUAUUGUUUUUUUGUUUUCUUUGUCCUGUAAAAAGUGACUAAAAUAUUAACUGAACACCGAAUUUUUGAGAACGAGGUUUUUGUAAUUUUGAGAGCAUACAAAUAUUAUAUAUGCAAUUACCAAAAAAGAAAACGUUUGAUUAUAUAUCUGUUAGAAUGUGUCAUUGUUGUCAGAUGUAUUUGAAUGUAAUUCACUUGUCAUUUACAAGAUACCAUUUUGGUACCUUUUGGGGGAAGUCUAUACCUUGUCAAGAUGAGGAUUUACUUUUAUUAGAUGUUCACUGAUAACUUUUCUUCCUUAUUUAAAUAAUGUGUAACUUUUGCAGUGUUGUGAAUAUAAUUAAUUUAAAUUUAACAAUAAAGCCAGAAGUAUGUACUAGUUCAGUUU